AGUCGUGCACCUACUCAAAUGGCGAGUUUCGGGGCAGUGGGACAACAAAAAGAGUGUGACACCCACGCACCCGGAGCCCAAGACGCGACGUCAUCCGGGGGAGGCGACGCAUAGAAUUUCUAGAAUGAUUCAACGUGUGUGAAUCUUCCGAUAUCUGGGGAAAGAAGAAUGGGGUGUCAAAAGACAGGCACUGCAUGCGUUUCUGUAUCACGGCCGUCCCGUGUGGAGUGUUUUUUUUCUUUCCCCCUCGCGCGUUGCCAGAUGUCAUUGUCACGAUGGCUUCACAUAAGCGGUACUCCGGAGCAAGUUCCGCGCGACGCGCGCGUGCGGAAUCCUCUUUCUACACAAAAAAAAAAGUUGUGGCGUCAUUGUUCCGUCGCGGAGCAAAUCGGCGCGCGACGGGAGUCUGCAAACGGUGCUUGUCGGAUCGGUGUCGAAUUUUGGCCGAGCCAGAACGUACAAACACCUUGACCUGGAAGGAGGUAGAUCAGCAAACGCCGAGAGAUCGAAGAAACAUCUGGAGGCGAUCAUCCCGGGCGUUUCGGGGAGGCAAUACGUAUGGAAGAGUGUUACAGGUGGCUUUUGCAGUUGGGAAAGCACUGGUAUUAGUAUCGGCGUCGGCGAUAGCAGCAUCAAGCAUGGCGAUUGUCAUUGAACACCCAAAUCCGAGGAAAUCCGCGUGACGGAUGGUCUCGUUCGCAACAGGUAGACGGUAAUUGAUCAGGGGAAGAGGUACGAAAUACUUGAGAGGCUGAGGGCGGAAAGCACAAAACGGGAAAGAC